UCCUCUUUCCUCCUUAUUUCCCCCUCUCCCCCAAAAAUACCCUAAGAGAGGAAAAAAAAAAAAAAACAAAUCUCUCUCUCUCGCUUUCUCACUCCCUCUAAUCCCUAAACCCCCCAAAAGAAACCUAGCCACCUCCACCACCACCGCCACCACCACCACCACAAACCCUAAUUCUUCACCACCAUGGACGAGUCAACUCAAUUCCAGCAAUCUCAACUCGCUGCCAUCCUCGCCGGCGAUCCUUCUCAAUUCGAAAUCUUAAUCUCUUCCCUUAUGUCUUCCUCUAAUGAAACCCGAUCUCAAGCCGAGCUUCUGUUCAACCUCGCCAAACAACACGAUCCUAACUCACUCUCUCUCAAACUCGCUCAACUCCUUCAAUUCUCUCCUCACCUUGAUGCUCGUGCCAUGUCAGCCGUCCUCCUCCGUAAACUCCUCACUCGAGACGACUCCUACCUCUGGCCGCGCCUCUCGUUACAAACUCAGUCCUCUCUCAAAUCGAUCCUGCUUGCCUGUCUCCAGCAGGAAUCUGUUAAAUCGAUCACCAAGAAGUUGUGCGACACCGUUUCCGAGCUUGCUUCCGGGAUUUUGCCUGAUAAUGGAUGGCCAGAGCUUUUGCCGUUUAUGUUUCAGUGUGUGACGUCAGAUUCUGUUAAGUUGCAGGAAUCUGCUUUUUUGAUUUUCGCACAGCUGUCGCAGUAUAUUGGAGAGAGUUUGGUUCCCUAUAUCAAGGAGCUGCACGGGGUUUUUCUACAGUGUUUGGGAUCCAGCACGAACUUCGAUGUGAAAAUCGCGGCUUUGAAUGCUGUGACUAACUUUAUCCAGUGUUUGAAUAAUACGUCUGAGAGGGACCGGUUUCAGGAUUUGUUGCCGUCGAUGAUUAGGACUUUAACGGAGGCGUUGAAUAAUGGGAAUGAGGCGACAGCACAGGAGGCGUUGGAGUUGUUGAUUGAAUUGGCAGGGGCGGAGCCCAGGUUCUUGCGGAGGCAGCUGGUGGAUGUUGUGGGGUCAAUGUUGCAGAUUGCCGAGGCAGAGGGUUUGGAGGAAGGGACUAGGCAUUUGGCUAUUGAGUUUGUGAUCACGUUGGCGGAAGCUAGGGAGAGGGCACCAGGGAUGAUGAGAAAGUUACCUCAGUUUAUUAGUAGAUUGUUUGCGAUAUUGAUGAGCAUGUUGCUGGAUAUUGAGGAUGAUCCAGCGUGGCACAGUGCAGAGAACGAGGAUGAAGAUGCAGGGGAAUCGAGUAAUUAUAGCAUGGGACAAGAGUGUUUGGAUAGGUUGGCGAUUUCUUUGGGUGGGAAUACUAUUGUUCCAGUUGCUUCGGAACAAUUGCCUGCCUAUUUGGCGGCUCCUGAGUGGCAGAAACAUCAUGCUGCUCUUAUUGCAUUAGCUCAGAUUGCUGAAGGUUGCUCUAAGGUAAUGCUAAAAAAUCUGGAACAAGUAGUUACAAUGGUCCUAAAUUCAUUUUAUGAUCCACAUCCCCGUGUGAGAUGGGCAGCUAUUAAUGCAAUUGGGCAGUUGUCCACGGAUUUGGGUCCAGAUUUGCAAAACCAAUACCAUCAAAGGGUUUUGCCUGCAUUAGCAGCUGCCAUGGAUGAUUUUCAGAAUCCUCGAGUUCAGGCACAUGCUGCUUCAGCAGUUCUUAACUUCAGUGAGAACUGCACUCCAGAAAUUUUGACACCUUACUUAGAUGGAGUAGUGAGCAAAUUGCUUGUUCUUCUACAGAAUGGAAAACAAAUGGUGCAAGAGGGAGCAUUGACUGCUUUGGCAUCAGUUGCUGAUUCCUCUCAGGAGCACUUCCAAAAAUACUAUGAUGCAGUUAUGCCUUACUUGAAGACCAUCUUGGUGAAUGCAAAUGACAAGGCUAACUGCAUGCUUCGUGCCAAAUCUAUGGAGUGCAUUAGUCUAGUUGGGAUGGCUGUGGGGAAGGAUAAGUUCAGGGAUGAUGCCAAGCAGGUUAUGGAUGUACUUAUGUCAUUGCAAGGAUCUCAGAUGGAGUCGGAUGAUCCAACGACAAGUUACAUGCUCCAAGCAUGGGCCAGACUUUGCAAAUGUUUGGGACAAGAUUUUCUUCCUUAUAUGAGUGUUGUCAUGCCACCUUUGCUUCAGUCUGCUCAACUCAAGCCUGAUGUAACCAUUACAUCUGCAGAUUCAGAUAAUGACAUUGAUGAUACUGAUGAUGAAAGUAUGGAAACCAUCACCCUUGGUGACAAAAGAAUAGGGAUCAAGACUAGUGUUCUGGAAGAAAAAGCUACUGCUUGUAAUAUGUUAUGUUGCUAUGCUGAUGAGUUGAAGGAAGGAUUCUUUCCAUGGAUCGAUCAGGUUGCUCCAACUUUAGUACCUCUUCUUAAAUUUUAUUUCCAUGAAGAGGUUAGGAAAGCAGCUGUUUCAGCCAUGCCAGAACUUCUGCGCUCUGCAAAAUUAGCUGUAGAGAAAGGACUUGCGCAAGGUCGCAAUGAGUCUUAUAUAAAGCAGCUGUCUGAUUAUAUUAUUCCCGCUCUGGUUGAAGCAUUGCACAAGGAACCUGAUACUGAGAUCUGUGCAAACAUGUUGGAUGCAUUAAAUGAAUGCUUACAGAUAUCUGGGACAUUUGUUGAUGAAAACCAAGUGCGAUCCAUUGUAGAUGAGAUAAAACUGGUCAUCACUGCCAGCUCCAGUCGAAAAAGAGAGAGAGCGGAUAGAGCCAAAGCUGAAGACUUUGAUGCGGAGGAGAGUGAGUUGAUCAAGGAGGAAAAUGAGCAAGAGGAGGAUGUUUUUGACCAAGUCGGUGAAAUCUUGGGAACUCUGAUUAAAACAUUCAAAGCCUCUUUCUUGCCUUUAUUUGAGGAACUAUCAUCCUACCUGACUCCUAUGUGGGGCAAGGAUAAGACUGCUGAAGAGAGAAGGAUUGCAAUUUGCAUUUUUGAUGAUGUUGCAGAGCAGUGUCGUGAGGCAGCUCUUAAAUAUUAUGACACAUAUCUUCCUUUCUUACUGGAGGCAUGCAACGAUGAAAACCCAGAUGUUCGGCAGGCAGCUGUAUAUGGACUUGGUGUUUGUGCAGAAUUUGGUGGGUCCGUGUUUAAAUCUUUAGUUGGAGAGGCUCUAUCAAGACUUAAUGUUGUCAUAAGGCAUCCUAAUGCUAAGCAACCAGACAAUGUCAUGGCAUAUGAUAAUGCUGUUUCUGCUUUAGGGAAAAUUUGCCAGUUUCAUCGUGACAGUAUUGAUUCAGCUCAGGUUGUUCCUGCAUGGUUAAACUGUUUGCCAAUAACAGGCGAUUUGAUUGAGGCAAAAGUUGUUCACGAACAACUUUGUUCAAUGGUGGAGAGGUCAGACAUUGAACUUUUGGGACCCAACAAUCAGUAUCUUCCUAAGAUUGUUUCAGUAUUUGCUGAGGUUUUAUGUGGUAAGGAUCUAGCGACUGAACAAACUCUAAGCCGAAUGGUUAAUCUGCUGAGACACCUUCAACAAACCCUACCACCAGCUACCUUGGCCUCAACCUUAUCACUGUUGCAUCCACAACAACAGUUGGCAUUGCAAUCCAUCCUCUCAACAUAGUCUCUUGGGCUGUGGAAGCGAUGGCUCUGGGGAAGAUGCAAUCAAACCCUGGUCUGUUGUUGGAAUAUUAUUCAUUACCCAUUCUUUCGAUAAGAUGGUAUCGGUUCCCAUCAUUUGUUUUUUGCAUGGCGCUCUACAACCACCUGGCAUCAGUUUGAUUGAGUGUGAAAGUCACUGCCAUUGAAUUUUUUUUUUUUUUUUGUAGAAUGUGUAUAUGAUUUAUAAGUACUAUUUUAUACUGCAUCCAUCAAGAUCGAGUCAAGGAGGAAAAAGAAAAACAAAAGAGUGUAGGUAAUGUUUUUGUUUGCCUGUUUUUCUUCUUUUUUUGUUGGUUGGUGCGUCCGUCUAGUCUGAGGGUUGUCAGUGAGGCAAUUCUUGUCACAGUUUUGUCCCCCCAUUGUGAUGCUAUUUAUGGGUUUCAUACAAAUAACAUCUGAGAUUUUGAUCAGUUGUAUGCACUGAAAUUUUGAAAUGGUGAUUCUUUCAUUAUAAUUGCAA